GAUAGUAUGUAGAGUAUGUGAGUAAGUCUUGUUCAAGGGAUAUGCUGAACCAUCUUAAAGAGAUGGUUGCUGAGUGCCAAACAGAAAAACCACUGGGCUCAACCACUAGAUUUAUUUAUUGAAUAUUUUAUGAUCAAGCACUUCAGAUAUAAUUUCCUAACCUGACUGUGCCUGAUGUUUUGUUACACAGAACCAUCUGGGAAGUUAUCGUUGAAAACUAUUUGGAAAAGGGCACGCACUUUCAAAAUAUACUAUACUAUCACUGAACAGGCGAACUUCAACAAAUGAGAUCAACAAACCAUAUAUUCAAACUCUUACAGAAGAACAAAAACAUCUAAAAGACUUCAGUGUCGUUCUUUGCUCUUCUUUCAAUAAGGAAAUACUCUCCACUUCUGAAAUAACUGAUUCUAGCUGCAUCUAGAUCUAUCUUCAUAAGCAGCCACCAUUGUUGUCACUUCUCCCACAUGUUGUCACAUACACCUAGUGUUAAACCACGCCUGUAGCUCAUGCCGUCGCUGCCAGUAGUUGAUAAAACUCCAAUUUGUGCAGCAUCAGUGCACAAACCACAACCACUAGAAAAUGAACUUGAAGCCAGGUUUCCUGUCAAUUACAGAAAUGAUCUCUUUGUGUUUCUAGAAAUUGUGAUCAUACUGCACACACAAGUCCUAUCCUCUGUGUAAACCUGGUUGACCCAGUAUCAAAGUGAGGAAGAGGAACAAAAACCAGAAGUAAAUCAUAUCUUCAUAUGAGCCAGAGACUAUAACACAUGCAUGAAAAAUGUGGACCAGCAGAUGGGAUGUGACUGCCACAGCCGUGUGUGUGAGCAUUAAACAAGGACUUCAUUCAUUUCUUGUCUUGACAGCGUGGGGUUGGCAUGAUUACGGUCAGCACAGUGGACAGUAUGUGCCGCACAUAGAUCAGAAAGAUCAGAGAGAGAGACAGAGAAAGAAAGAAAGAAAGAAAGAAAGAAAGAAAGAAGUUGGAAGUUGUGCUUAGAUAGACAUGAAGUCAAGCAUUAAAAGAUAUAACCCUGUACGUAGUUACUGGCUGUGAUGGCAGUGCCUCUGUUUGGCUCUCAUAGAAUGACAUCUGGCAUCUUUGGUUAUAUCAGCGUAGAUUCACCUGCAAGCAUCCAUUCUUCUUAAGGGCUGUCACUGCUGAGUCGUAGCCCAUUUUUCCCACUGGCGCUACAAGAUCAACAUGGGCCAUUACUGCAGCAGGUUGACUAACACCCUGACACUUUAUCCUGAGGAUGGGGUUUCUAUUAAUGAUGGUAGGGGGGCUGGAGAAAAGGACCGAACAGGUAUAAGCCACGAAUCAUUCCUGCUGAUGGCCAACUCUCAGAGUGACAUGGAGGAAUGGGUCAGAGCCAUACGUAGAGUCAUAUGGGCUCCACUCGGAGGAGGUGUCUUUGGGCAGCACCUAGAGGAGACAAUGUUGUAUGAGGCCCAAUGUGGCCCUCAACGACUGGUCCCUGUGCUGGUUGAACAGUGUGUGUGCUUCAUACGUGAACACGGGCUCAAGGAGGAGGGCCUCUUCAGGGCCCCCGGACAGACCAAUCAUGUUCGAGAGCUGCAGGACGCGUUUGACCGUGGCGAGAAGCCAGUGUUUGACAGUACCACAGAUAUCCACACGGUGGCAUCACUGCUAAAGCUGUACAUACGGGAGCUGCCGGAGCCUAUAAUUCCAUUCUCCAAAUACACACAGUUUCUCUCUUGUGCUCAGCUCCUUACCAAGGAUAAAGCUAUGGGUAUCUUAGAGCUGGGCAAACAGGUGAAAUCCCUUCCUCAGGUCAACUACAACCUCCUUAAAUACAUCUGCAAGUUUCUGGAUGAAGUUCAGUCUCACUCCAAUGAGAAUAAGAUGAGUGUUCAGAAUUUGGCCACCGUGUUUGGACCCAAUAUCCUUCGUCCCAGAGUGGAGGAUCCAGUUACCAUGAUGGAGGGAAGUUCACAGGUGCAGCACCUGAUGACUGUGCUGAUAAGUGAACACGCCAGACUUUACCAAUUGGAGGAGCCGGAAACCGAGAGCAAGAUCCCCUCACAGCAACAGCAGAGUACUCUACAACGGUGCAAAGUGGAGUGGCUCUCACAAGAAGACACUGACCCCCCACCCUCCUCAGGCACAGGCUCAAAAACCCCUAAAGAAAAACCCCAAUCUUCUACCCCUUCUACAGACAGCAAGCCGACUGCACCAAGCCCCAUUACAACGUCGGAGAAGGGUGAGGAUGGUCAGAUUGAAGUGAAGGGCAAAAGUAAAGCAGAGGAGAAAGUGGAUGGAAGAUCAGAUAGCAAAACGGAAGGGAAAGGUGGAAGUGAAGUAGCUGUUAGCCCCAGUAAACAGUCUAAAGCUCUGCCCUCCUGGAGGUGCUCUUUCAAGGGUAAUGCAGCAUCUGGGGGGCCAAGGGGGAAAAUAGGGGGGUCAGCAGGAGAUGUGUCAGCAGCUGGGGGGAGCAACUGGCUGAUGAAUGGCCUGUCGUCCCUCCGAGCUCACAGGCGCACCACUUCAUCAGGUGAAAGACUUAAAGACUCAACUCUGUCUCUGAAGGAUUCGACCCUCUCCCUUAAAGAGACCACUCUUUCACUUAAGGACUCGCAGAGAGACUCUGAUGAAGACUCCCCUCAAACAUCCCUGUCUCACAGGGCCCUCCACCAAUCCCACAGACUGUCCGCCUAUGACAAUGUUGCCCCAUCCAGUCUAAGCCUGCCUGCGGACACCUCCUCCAUCUGGACAUCCUUUGAGAUCUCGUUGGCCGAGCCAGAAAGAAGCGAUAAGGCAGUGAAAUUAGGGCAGGGUCAAGAGAGAUCCACAGAGGUGAGGGACAGUACAAAUACUCCAGACCACAGUGCAAGCGGCACUGAGGACGAUCUCGCAGGAACAAAUGAAGGUCUCACCAACAUGCUGACCGAGCUCAAGCAGGAGCUGAAGAAACAGAGGACGAGCUAUGAAACCUGCAUUCGCAAGUUGGAGGAGUCCUGCUCCAAGUACCAAUCCCAGGUAAACCGCCUUGAGGAGGAGCUGGACCAGGAAAAGAAGAAGUUUCACAUGCUAGAGAUCCGACUCAGGAACUCGGAGCGGGCACAUCAGGACGCAGAGAACCGAAACAUUCUCCUCCAGCAAGAGAUGGAGGAGUUCUUCAAAACCCUUGGGGAUCUGACCACAGGGGCAACACGGACCAACUAGGUCAAACCAACCUGCCUUCAUCUGGUCCAUCAGAGGAGGAGCUUAAUUACUGGGAAGACCAGCCAGCCCCAAAGCUUUGAAGACCAAAUACCUCUAGUGCAGUACUACUUGCCAUCGUGUCCUCUUUAGUACAGCCGUCCUGUGCCUACACUGACCAGUGCCGGUGCCAAACGAGAACUCCUCUGGACCAAGCACCUCUUAUUUUACCAUUCCACAAAAUUCCUUAUAACUUAUGGUCCUUAUGACCUAUUAUACACCAUAGGCGAUGUAGAUGAUUAUUUAUUGACUAAAAUGCAGAAAAAGCCUUAUUUAUGAGGUCUUCCCAUACGCACCCUGUUCAUUUCCCCUUUUAACUCAUAUUCUUGAAAUAAACGUAAACUUGACAGUCAAAGAAACAACAAUGUGAGACAUUAAAAUUCAACUCUUUUAUUUGUUGGAGUUGAAGGUAGACAGUUUCCAUUUCUGAUGUAUAUAAUUAGUCUGUUAGUGAGGCAAUUUCAUAUCCAAAGGCUAAAAUUCACACAACUGGCCUUACCAAGACACACCACAACAGGUUAACUCUUUGCUGUCAGUGUUUGGCCAAACCAUCAGAAGACUGCAGCAUCACCCCAGUAGAACUGAAUGGCUUUCCUUUCUUUCCUCUAAAUGUACCUGCACUAAAACCAGAUUUGCUCAGAGAAAACUCAUGCGUAGUCUAUUCUAUCUUUUCUAUUUUUGAGGAGAUGGAGGAGAAGAAAACCACAAAAAAGAGGAAGCCACAGUUGAAAUGUGGCCCAGAAAGGGUCAGGACAUGCGUCACAAUCCCCAAAGUGCAUUCUGGGAGCUGAUGCUAGGGGUCACUGCCUGGAGUGUCCAACCAUGAACGGGCAAAAGGACAGGUUGGGAAUUUGAGCCAUCAAAUACAUCCAAAGGUUAUCAUGGCAGGUAGCAAAUGCCUGUUUCCUGACUCUCAGAAAACAUACAUACAUCUACGGUAAAAUGUACAGAUCAAUCACUAUACUAAUCUAUGAAUUAUAUUGCACAGAAAACAAACAAAAAAGGAAACAAAAUGCAUAUAAAUACUACUUCUGAAUGAAAUGUACAUUACAUACAAUAGACGCCUCCUUAGCUUGAAAUAAAUAAAUAAAUAACACAAAUAGUGGGAAAAAAA